AUGCCUCCAUCAGGUGAACACAUGCCUUUGUCUCACAUUCAGUCUCAAUACUCGGCCAGUUCAGACAAGCGUGACAACAAGAAUAAGAACAAGAACAAGAAAAGCACCUUGAAGUCCGAAGUCAUUGCCUUACUCCUCUUCACAAAAACAAUGUCCCUCAAGAAUUUCACUGGGAAGUUCUUCCCCUCCUCCUUACCGCCAGCCAAUGCCUUUGCCGGGCAGAAGGUCCUCGUCACAGGCGGAACAGCAGGUUUAGGCCUCGCGGCCGCGAUCCACUUCCACAGUCUCGGCGCCGAGGAGGUCAUCAUCACAGCCAGGAGUGCGUCGUCCUCUCGCGCCGAGGACGCGAAGAAGAAGAUCAUCGCCGGGCACGGCGCGGGCAAGGGCACAGCAGGCAAGGUCAGCGUCAUGGAGCUGGACAUGAACAGCUACGGCUCAUGCGUCGCCUUUGUCGACGCAGUCAAGGGCAGGUUCGGGCCCACGGGUGGUCCGGACGUGGUUGUCUUCAACGCCGGCGUGACUAACUCGCAGUUUAGGAGGAGCCCGGAGGGCAUGGAGGAGAUCAUCCAGGUGAACACGUUGAGCACGACUCUCCUCGCCCUCCUGCUCAUCCCGUGGAUGAAGCAGCAACGAGGCCAGAGGAGCGCGCCCGCACACGCGGUCUUCGUCAGCUCAGGCCUGCACAUGUCCGUCGACAUCAAAACCUGGGCCAAGUACACCAAGGAAGAGGGCGGCGUAUUGGCACACUACUCCAAGGAGGAGAACUUCGAGGCCGGGCUAACAAGCCCGAUGUACAACUACUCCAAGCUGAUGCUGAUGUAUGCGCUCGAGGAGGUCACCAAGAUGGCCUCGGACAAGAAUGGCGAGCCUCAGGUCAUAGUGACGAGCGUCUGCCCCGGCGCCGUCAAGACCGAGCUGUCGCGGUCGAUGCAGGAGAACUCGGUCCUCGCGAGGAUAGUGGCGCCGCUUUACAUGGCAAUGAUUGCGAAAUCACCCGACUACGGCGCCCGCAUCUACCUCGCUGGUGCGCUCGCCGGGCCAGCAGAGCAUGGCAAAUUCCUACGUGAUUAUAUCACGGACGCGCAAUAUGCUAGCCGGUCUGCCCCUGUGCUGACGAGCAAGGAGGCCAGGCUGAUGCAGGCCCAGGUCUGGAAGGAGAUACGUGAGGCACUAUCAGCAAAGGUUCCUGCCGUACAAGAGACUGUCUGA